AAGAAACAAAAAACCUCUGAAUAUGGUAACUCCAACCAUUAUUCUUUUUUACUCGCUUUCAAUAAUGGCCUAACGGUUGUUUUCCUCCAGCAUUCACCGAGUUGCCAAGUCGAAUAACUCCCCCCCUGCUUUUCAAGAAUUUCCUUCUAGUUGGAUAGGCAGAGAGUGAGGAUAUGAAGCAGGAGGUGAGAAGAGUGUUGAUGUCCUUUUACGCUUGUAGUGUGAUUGGGAUGGUUUUGGGCGGAUCUCUGGAUGUUUUUGAAGAUUUCAAAACCCUCUCAUUUCUGGAGAGUGAUGCGGUUUCCCUUUCUUCACCUGCUGCCAAACCUCUUAUGGUCGACCUCACUCUUAUCCAGGGAGCUGACUCCAAAGGAGCUGUCUGCUUGGAUGGAACACUGCCUGGUUACCACUUGCAUCGUGGGUCUGGAUCGGGUCAAAACAGUUGGCUCAUUCAGUUGGAGGGAGGUGGUUGGUGCGAUACCAUAGAGAACUGUGUUUACCGCAAAACUACACGCCGUGGUUCAUCAAAAUUUAUGGAAAAGCAAAUACCAUUCACUGGGAUUUUGAGCAAUAAAGCAGAAGAUAAUCCUGAUUUGUUUAACUGGAACAGGGUAAAGCUACGAUACUGUGAUGGGGCAUCUUUUAGUGGGGACAGUAAGAAUGAGGCUGCUCAGCUUUAUUUUCGAGGACAACGUAUAUGGUCAGCUGCUAUGGAGAAACUAAUGGCUGAAGGAAUGCAAAAUGCCAGUCAGGCUCUUCUUUCUGGAUGCUCUGCUGGAGGUCUGGCAUCCAUAUUACACUGUGAUGAGUUCGGGGACUUGUUUCCACAAUCAACCAAAGUGAAAUGCUUAAGUGAUGCUGGACUGUUUCUUGAUGUAAUUGAUGUGUCCGGUAACCACACGCUACGGAAUAUGUAUGAGGGUGUAGUUACCAUGCAGGAAGUGCAAAAGAAUCUGCCAAGUACUUGUGUCAGCCACCUGGAUCCAACUUCGUGCUUCUUCCCCCAGAAUUUGAUUGCAAAUAUUAGAACUCCAUUAUUUAUUCUCAAUGCAGCCUAUGAUACAUGGCAGCUGCACGCAAGUAUAGCUCCUAAAUCAGCUGAUCCUCAAGGUUCUUGGAAUAAAUGCAAACAAAAUCACGCAGAAUGCAAUUCAUCACAGAUCCAGAUUUUGCAAGACUUCAGGAAUCAAAUGCUGAAAGCCUUAAAUGUCUUCUCAAUGUCAACUCAAAAUGGUUUAUUUAUAAAUUCUUGCUUUGCUCAUUGCCAAUCUGAGAGACAGGAUACAUGGUUUGCUGCUGAUUCUCCCCUCCUCCAGAACAAGAGGAUCGCUCAAUCUGUUGGAGACUGGUAUUUUGAUCGAAUUGACGUUAAAGCUAUUGACUGUGCAUACCCUUGUGACAACACUUGCCACAAUCUAGUUUUCUAGUGAGUGAAGAACUCGUCUGCUUCGCAUUACUUUUCUUCAUGCAUCCUUCCAAAUUGCAAUUUCUAGAGAUUGUAACAUUCAUUUAUCAUGACCUCAAGUCAUUAUUUGCUGAAGAAUGCAAAAGCAAUGACUAGCAUAAUUCUUCCUACAAUGUGCUUGAACAUAUGAUUUAUUACUUGUUCUUUUUUAUCUCAGUAGAACAUUCAAGUUUGAGAUGUUUCGAGAUAGCUAAGCUUUAUGCUUCUUUCA